AUGUUUAUCUCUUGGGAUAAUACUGUGCAGUGGGAUAAUACUGUGCAGUGGGAUAAUACUGUGCAGUGGGAUAAUACUGUGCAGUGGGAUAAUACUGUGCAGUGGGAUAAUACUGUGCAGUGGGAUAAUACUGUGCAGUGGGAUAAUACUGUGCAGUGGGAUAAUACUGUGCAGUGGGAUAAUACUGUGCAGUGGGAUAAUACUGUGCAGUGGGAUAAUACUGUGCAGUGGGAUAAUACUGUGCAGUGGGAUAAUACUGUGCAGUGGGAUAAUACUGUGCAGUGGGAUAAUACUGUGCAGUGGGAUAAUACUGUGCAGUGGGAUAAUACUGUGCAGUGGGAUAAUACUGUGCAGUGGGAUAAUACUGUGCAGUGGGAUAAUACUGUGCAGUGGGAUAAAUACUGUGCAUGGGAUAAUACUGUGCAGUGGGAUAAUACUGUGCAGUGGGAUAAUACUGUGCAGUGGGAUAAUACUGUGCAGUGGGAUAAUACUGUGCAGUGGGAUAAUACUGUGCAGUGGGAUAAUACUGUGCAGUGGGAUAAUACUGUGCAGUGGGAUAAUACUGUGCAGUGGGAUAAUACUGUGCAGUGGGAUAAUACUGUGCAGUGGGAUAAUACUGUGCAGUGGGAUAAUACUGUGCAGUGGGAUAAUACUGUGCAGUGGGAUAAUACUGUGCAGUGGGAUAAUACUGUGCAGUGGGAUAAUACUGUGCAGUGGGAUAAUACUGUGCAGUGGGAUAAUACUGUGCAGUGGGAUAAUACUGUGCAGUGGGAUAAUACUGUGCAGUGGGAUAAUACUGUGCAGUGGGAUAAUACUGUGCAGUGGGAUAAUACUGUGCAGUGGGAUAAUACUGUGCAGUGGGAUAAUACUGUGCAGUGGGAUAAUACUGUGCAGUGGGAUAAUACUGUGCAGUGGGAUAAUACUGUGCAGUGGGAUAAUACUGUGCAGUGGGAUAAUACUGUGCAGUGGGAUAAUACUGUGCAGUGGGAUAAUACUACUGUGCAGUGGGAUAAUACUGUGCAGUGGGAUAAUACUGUGCAGUGGGAUAAUACUGUGCAGUGGGAUAAUACUGUGCAGUGGGAUAAUACUGUGCAGUGGGAUAAUACUGUGCAGUGGGAUAAUACUGUGCAGUGGGAUAAUACUGUGCAGUGGGAUAAUACUGUGCAGUGGGAUAAUACUGUGCAGUGGGAUAAUACUGUGCAGUGGGAUAAUACUGUGCAGUAUAAUACUGUGCAGUGGGAUAAUACUGUGCAGUGGGAUAAUACUGUGCAGUGGGAUAAUACUGUGCAGUGGGAUAAUACUGUGCAGUGGGAUAAUACUGUGCAGUGGUAG